AUGAAGCACCUGCACACGAAGACGUACGGCGAGCGCGACGACACCCCGCUCGAGCACGCGGUGGACGAGCACUGGGACGAGGGCAAGGACCUCCUCAAGCACCUGCCGAAGAAGGAGGGCCACGGCGAUACCUUCUUCCCGGAGCUCAAGGAUGCGAUCUUCUGCGGGCACCUCGUGACGGACCUGGACUCCAUCGCGGGCGCGAUCGGCGCGGCGAACCUCUACGGCGGCGUUCCCGCGCGCGCGUCCGAGAUCAACACCGAGACUGAGUUCGCGCUCGAGCACUGGGGCCUUCCCCUGCCCCCGCCGGUGGAGGAUCUGCUCAAGGAAAAGCCCGAUCGCUCCGUGUGCCUCGUCGACUUCCAGCAGCAGUCGCAGCUGAACAAGGCGAUCCCGAUGGGCAACAUCGUCGGCGUCAUCGACCACCACGCGCUCCAGUCCAACACCAUCGUCACCGAGAAGCCCAUCUUCGUGGACAUCCGACCCUGGGGAUGCAUGUCCUCCAUCAUCGCGCACAACUACGCCACCAUGGGCGUCUUCCUCCCGAAGAACAUCGCGGGCCUCCUCCUGUCCGCCAUCCUCUCCGACACCCUCAACCUCCGAUCACCCACCACCACCGCGUGGGACGAGCGCAUCGUCUCCAUGCUCGUUCAGUACGUCGGCGUCGAGGACGUCAACGAGCUCGCCGCCAAGCAGUUCCGAGCCAAAUCGCACGCGCUCUCGCUCAUGACGCCGUACGCGCUCGUCAACGGAGACAUGAAGCAGUUCAAGUUCACCAACGACGCGGUUGGUAAGACGUACACGGUGGCGUACUCCGUCGUCGAGACCACGGACGCCGCGGCGUCCCUGGCGCGGACGCACGAGAUUCUCCCCGAGCUCAGGGCGGUGAAGGCCAACGCGCCGGCCGACGCCCCCAUCGACGCCGUCUUCCUCGCCGUCGUCGACAUCGUCAACCUCGACUCCACUCUACUCGUGUGCGGCCGCAUCGAGGGCUCCCUCGCGGUGGCGGCGUACGGGGGAAAACUCGAGGACGACGGCAGCGUGCUCCAGAUGCCGGGUUUGGUGUCGAGGAAGAAAGAUUUCGUCCCGGCGCUCACCAAGGCGGUGCGGGAGGGUUGGACCCCGCCCGAGGACGUCGUGAGCGAUCACGAGCAGAGGGACCUGAAGCGAUCGAGGUCCAUGGCGGACGUCGCGCAGGGCGACGUGGUGGUGGACUACAGCGAGGAGCCGAGCGGUAAGCUGGUGAGGCGCGACAGCGCCAACUACACCGCCGCGGACGGCGCCAAGGCGGGCCAGGGGGCUUGA